AGCUUAUAUCAUUGAUUAAUUUAUCACUCUAAUAAAUACGAAUAAGAUGUUAUUUUAUAUAUAAGUAACUUGCAGCUUUCUCCAAAACAUUAAGUGUAUUCACUUUCUUUAUAGUGCCAUACGAGAUAAAACAAGGCUUUGAAGCUCUGCUGCCAUUGUACCAAAGAGCUUACAAGAUAAUACAAUUCACAAAGUAAUUACAAUGGUGGCAUUCAGGAUGUUCAGAAGUAUAGCUAUUUUUUAUUUAACUUGUUUUUAUAUAGGUAGUACAGUGGUAGUCCGAGCUAAGUGCCGCAAGUGUUCUUCAGCUCAUAAAUCCAAAUCCCGGCCAGUACCACCUCCUCGCCCCCCGCGGCCUCAUUCACCAGAAAAAAAUUAUCCGGAAGCUAUUUUUCAUGUCACAGAGUAUGGAGCAGUGGCUGAUGGGGAGACAGACAGUACCUCAGCAUUCUUAAAAGCCUGGGAAGCUGCAUGUGAUCAUGUUGGGAGCUCCACUUUUUACAUACCAGAGGGUAAAUUUCUUGUUGGUCCAAUAACUUUUAGCGGCCCCUGUCGCAAUAACCAGCCUCCCGAUGUUCAAAUCAGAGGCACUCUGCUUGCUGUACCUGAUCUCAGUGCCUAUCCGGCUGAUGAUUGGAUUGUGUUCAAUAAUCUUCACGGUUUCAAUCUCAUUGGAGAACAUGAUGAGGCAACUUUAGAUGGGCAGGGAGGUCUAGAUGCCUGGAAACAAGAAAGCUGUGUCCAGUCUGCAAAUUGCGACCGAUUGAUAACAUCAGUGAAAUUCAACAAUGUUUCAAAUGGGACUAUUAGCGACAUUUCUGUGACAAAUAGCAAGGCGUUCCAUAUUAGUUUCAAUAACUGCGACCGGAUGGACAUGAACAAUGUGAACAUUAAAGCACCUGGGGAUAGUCCAAAUACUGAUGGUAUUCAUGUUCAUGAAUCCACAAAUAUCAACAUUGUUUCUGCUGAUAUUGGAGUGGGAGAUGACUGUGUCUCCAUUGGACCUGGCAGCAUCAACAUCUCUGUUUCUGAUAUUCGAUGCGGUCCAGGCCAUGGAAUCAGUGUUGGGAGCCUUGGCAAGUACCAAAAUGAAGCGGAUGUGGUGGGAGUUGUAAUUAGAAACAGCAUAAUCAGUAACACGCAGAAUGGAGUGAGGGUAAAGACCUGGCCUGGGUCUCCAGCAAGCGUUGCUUCCAACUUUACAUUUGAGGAUAUUGUCAUGAUCAAUGUCUCAAACCCCAUAAUUAUAGAUCAAGAAUACUGUCCAUCGGGUAGCUGCGAAGAAUAUGGGCCCUCGAAAGUGAAGAUCAGUAACAUGUAUUUCAAGAACAUCACAGGGACAUACAACACACCAACAGGAGUGAGUCUGUUAUGCAGUUCUGGUGUUCCUUGCGAGAACAUUCACCUGGCUGACAUUAACAUGCAAUUCAUCAAACGGGAAACGCCGGGCCAAGGCCAUUUCAGUGUGAAGGGUGUUGUUCAUGGAUUAGAAAUUUUAACUUCAAGUUUCUAAGUUGAAGUUAUAAGAAUUAAAACCAUUGGGAGGUUGGCCCUAGCAGCCCCUUUGGUUACAUUCUCAGUAAUCCCUCCGGUGAUUGUUACAGUUGUUGGAGUGUAAGAAUUAUAGGUUUAUGUUUCAAUAUGAAUUUCCCAAAAUUUUGCAAUGCUAUAACUUUGUAUUAAACUCUCAUCAAGACCAAGCAUCAUCAAUUAAUACUCAAGGUUACCAGAACUACACACAAAUUCUGUAUAAUUUUUGUUUACAAAUUGAUGUUGCACAAUAUAAAUGAA